GGCCAGCAGGUGGCCAUCAAGAAGAUCCCCAACGCCUUCGACGUGGUGACCAACGCCAAGCGGACCCUGCGGGAGCUGAAGAUCCUCAAACACUUCAAGCACGACAACAUCAUCGGCAUCAAGGACAUCCUCAAGCCCACCGUCCCCUACGGCGAGUUCCGCUCCGUCUACGUGGUGCUGGACCUGAUGGAGAGCGACCUCCACCAGAUCAUCCACUCGGCGCAGCCCUUGACCUUGGAGCACGUCCGCUACUUCCUCUACCAGCUCCUGCGGGGCCUCAAGUACAUCCACUCGGCCAACGUCCUCCACCGCGACCUGAAGCCCAGCAACCUCUUGGUGAACGAGAACUGCGAGCUGAAGAUCGGCGAUUUCGGCAUGGCCCGGGGGCUGGGGGCUGACCCGCGGCACGCCAAGGCCUUCCUCACCGAGUACGUGGCCACCCGCUGGUACCGGGCGCCGGAGCUGCUGCUCUCGCUCCACCGCUACACCCGCGCCAUCGACAUGUGGGCGGCCUGGCCCUGUGCCGAUGUGGACAUGCCGAGCCCUGGCCCCGCCCCCGCCCCUGACUGCCCAAUGGACUCUCCCCGGGUGAAGGCGGAGCCGGGGGCACCCGUGGCGCCCAAGCGGGACGGCGCCAUCUCCGACGACACCAAGGCCGCCCUCAAGGCUGCUCUGCUCAAGUCGGCCAUGAGGAACAAGAGCAAAG